AUGGUUCACAAGUUUCAAUUUGAGCCGCCUGUGAACGCGCUGUCGAUGUCGCCGAUUAAGUCCCACCGGCCGUUCGUCGCGGUUGGCACACAGGAAUCAGAUAUAUAUUUGUGCGAUUUGAGGCUUGGCUGCAAGGGGCGAGUUCUUUCGGCGCACUCAGCUUCGAUUACGGCGUUGGCGUGGGACUUGGGCGACGAGAACCUGUUGGUUUCGGGCUGUUCUGACGGAACUAUGUGUAUGUGGGACAUUCGUUUCCCCAAGUUUUUCGUUUCCUUCGAUCAGAGCGUUCAUUUGGGCGACAAGAUAGAGCUAGAGGCGUACAACGAGCGACGAGAACAGGGCAUGCCCGCUGCCCACUGCGGCGCGGUUUCCAGCGUUUGCUUCGUGCCUGGAAGGAGACAGAUUUUGUCUUCGGGGGCGGACCAGGCGAUGCACUUGUGGGAUGUGGAUUACGGCACGAAUCUGCUGGUCCACUAUCCGAACAUUCAGAACAAGGGCACCGUGAAAAUUUCGACCAGUAGCGAUGGCGUUUUGGUCUAUCAUCCGUGUCGACGCCAGAUUUGCGUGUUCGAUAUAAAAACUGGCAAAAAAGUAAGAACGUUGUCCGGGCACUACGAAAACGUCAAGGUGUCGGUUUUCCACCCGCAUCUGCAAGAGCUGUACAGUGGCAGUGCAGACGGAGAAAUAUUGAUCUGGGUGCCGUCUGGGGACCAGAAGGGCCGCUUGGACCCCAGCGCCGUAGCUGCUGACGCCAGGAAAUACCGGACGGGGUCCGACGAGCGCCGGGAUCCGGGGGCCGACGCAGAGAUCCAAGAAUGUGACUGGUAUGAGGACGAGGGGCUUUGA